AUGUCUAAUGGAAGACUAAACAAACACCUUUUCAUCAAAGGAGAUAUUCCUCCACUGCAGUGGAGUCACACGUAUCGAAUAGCUUUGGAAAUAGCUUCUGGACUACUAUAUCUCCAUAUAGAAUGGGCUCACUGUAUUGUACACAGAGAUGUAAAAUCCAGCAAUGUUAUGCUUGCAAACAAUCUCAAUGCAAAGCUUGGGGACUUCGAUGUUUACAGCUUUGGUGCUGUGGCCUUGGAAAUCGCUACAGGAAGGAGAGCUGUAGAUUGGGGAUUGCAACAAUAUGAGGCUUGUGGAGUGGGUAUGGGUGUUGAAGCCCAACGGUCACAUGAUCAUUUGACUUUUCCAGAUUCUUCGAUUCAUGUCUGA